CUGUCUGGAAAAAAAAAAAAAAAUUAUAGCCAUCCCAGAAGUUGUGAAGUCAUAUCUCACUGUGGUUUUGAUGAGUAUUUUCCUAGCGACAUCAGGGAGUUUAUGGGAGCACGGGAACACAGGCCAGGCCCCAGCAGGCGGACGAACGGUGCAACGCCAGGCUGGCCAGAGGAGAUAAGCGCGGCUCCUUGGAGCUUGUGUGCAAGUCACUGUCCUGGGGAGCCGGCUACGGCUCGAUGAGUCUCAAUUAGGAAAGGCCGGGGCUGGCGGAGGAAGGGAGGAGAGCAUUCUUCAUCCUCAUCACAUCCUGAGCCCGUGCCCAGGCUCCCACCACUUCCCUCCUGGGCCACAGAACCCAGGACAGGGCUGAGGAACCAUGUCUCCAUCCCCGACCACCCUCUUCUGUCUCGGGCUGUGUCUGGGGCAUGUGCCAGCGCAGAGAGGACCGCUGCCUAAGCCCUCCCUCCAGGCUCUGCCCAGCUCCCUGGUGCCCCUGGAGAAGCCAGUGACCCUCCGGUGCCAGGGGCCUCCGGGCGUGGACCUGUACCGCCUGGAGAAGCUGAGUUCCAGCAGGUACCAGGAUCAGGCGGUCCUCUUCAUCCCGGCCAUGAAGAGACAUCUGGCCGGACGCUACCGCUGCUCCUACCAGAACGGAAGCCUCUGGUCCCCGCCCAGCGACCAGCUGGAGCUCGUUGCCACCGGAGUUUUUGCCAAGCCCUCGCUCUCAGCCCAGCCCGGCCCGGCGGUGUCCUCAGGAGGGGACGUGACCCUACAGUGUCAGACCCGGUAUGGCUUUGACCAAUUUGCUCUGUACAAGGAAGGGGACCCUGCGCCCUACAAGAAUCCCGAGAGAUGGUACCGGGCUAGUUUCCCCAUCAUCACGGUGACCGCUGCCCACAGCGGAACCUACCGGUGCUACAGCUUCUCCAGCGGGGACCCAUACCUGUGGUCGGCUCCCAGCGACCCCCUGGAGCUCAUGGUCACAGAAUUCUCAGAAGCCACCACUGAACUGACCGUCUCACUCACAAACAAAGUCUUCACAACUGAGACUUCUAGGAGUAUCACCGCCAGUCCAAAGGAGCCAGGCUCUCCAGCUGGUCCCACCCGCCAGUACUACACCAAGGGCAACCUGGUCCGCAUAUGCCUCGGGGCUGUGAUCCUAAUACUCCUGGCAGGGUUUCUGGCAGAGGACUGGCACAGCCGGAGGAAGCGCUUGCGGCACAGGGUCAGGGCUGUGCAGAGGCCGCUCCCGCCCCUCCCGCCGACCCGGAAAUCACACGGGGAUCAGGAUGGAGGCCGACCGGACGUUCACAGCCGCGGGUUAUGUUCAUGACCACUGAACCCCAGGCAUGGUCGUAUCCAAGGGACGGAUCAUGGCAUGGGAGGCGACUCAAAGACUGUGGCGUGUGUGGAGCAUGGGAGCAGGAGGGCAGAGGCUACAGGGUGGAAAGGAGGCCAUGCUGCCUCCUCCUGGUGUUCCAUCAAGGAGCCGUUCAGCCGGUGUCUGUCUGUCCGGCUCUCUGAGG